AAUUGACCGCUGUGUUUAGGAACGAAAUACGUCACUGAGUUUACUCGUUUCUUGGUAUACCCGCACAGCAACUACCCUACCUAAUGCAUUAAAGUUCAGAGGAUGCUACACAAUCAAAAUGGUCAGGGCAUGUACGACCGUCAGUCGUUCCAACCCGAGAAGGAAUUUGGUUAUCCUGGUGCACCCAAUCAGUACGUUUACGGUGCUACUAACGCAAAUGUGAUGGAUGCUUAUCCGCAAGGUCAUCCCAACAGCAACUUUCAACCACCACCAAACUACUACCCUAGUACUCAGGGGCAGACAUUUCAACCACAACCUCAGCCUCCAUAUUAUUCUACUCAGCCAAUUCAAAAUGUGAAUCAACCACCAUUACCCCCAAUGCCCCCUGUUCCGAACCAACAGGAUUUCGUCCCCCGUCCUCAGCAGCCACUUCUCCCUCCGAUGCCACCAAUGCCUCAGAGACCUGGUGGAAUUCGAGCACCUAGUUAUCCACCGUCUCAGCCACCUGGUCCGUAUCCGUUGCCAAAUGGUGCUAAUAACCAGAUACAUACAUUACAAUCUCAACAGGCACAUCAAAAUGGUCCCAUAUCCAGACAACCUCAGUUCUCUCAAAACAUAAAUGCGGAUAGAUUGCCCAGUCCUAUUGAGGUAAUCGAAAGCAAUCGGAAUCAGUGUACUGGACCUUUUUAUACAGGACAACGAGGUGUUGUGCCUCCCUUAGUCACAACUGACUUCGUAUCACGUGACCAGGGUAUAUGUGCACCUUGUUUUAUUCGAUCUUCACUAUACUCUGUGCCAAACUCAUCAGAUCUUCUUAAAACUGUUGGGAUCCCUUUUUCACUUACAAUAUCUCCAUUCGCAGUGCAACAUCCCGAAGAUAUGAAUAUUGUAAUAAGUGAUAUGGGCCCACAAGGCCCAGUUCGAUGUGUUCGAUGUAAAGCCUAUAUGAAUCCUUUCAUGAAUUUUAUUGACGGUGGUCGAAGAUUCCAAUGUCCACUCUGUAAUGGAUUAACUGAAGUUGCCGCUGAAUAUUUUGCUCAUCUAGAUCAUACUGGACAUCGAGUUGAUGCAGGCCAAAGGCCUGAACUAUGUUUAGGCAGUUACGAAUUAUUAGCAACAGCGGAAUAUUGCAAAAACAACCAAUUACCUUCACCUCCAGCCAUUAUAUUUCUUCUAGAUGUCUCUCAAUCUGCUAUACGUUCAGGUUUGGUACAAUUAUUCUGUUCCCAAUUUAUCGAACAUAUUCUACCAAGUUUACCUAGGGAAAAGUUUGCAUCACCAGAUAGUGUUAAUCCAAUUCGACUGGGAUUUAUCACAUAUGAUCAUCAACUUCACUUCUAUACUGUACCUCGUGAAUCGUCACCUACCGAACAAACAUCUGAAUCGAACGAUCAAAACACGUAUUAUUCUUAUGGUAAACCUCAAAUGUAUAUUGUAGCAGAUAUUGAAGAUGUGUUUGUUCCUGCAGUUGAAGGUUUCCUAAUACCACCGGAUCCUGUUAUCAUUUCUAGUAUUUUAGAAAUGAUACCGACUCAAUUUUGUACAGAGAAUGCAUUAAGUAGACAACCUACAGAUGGUGUAUUAGGUCCAGCUAUUCAAGCUGGAAUGGAAGCUUUACGUGCUGCAAAUCGUUCAGGCAAAUUGUUUGUUAUGCAUGCUAAUCUACCAGUUGGUGAAGCACCAGGUAAAUUGAAAAAUCGAGAUGAUCAUCGGCUUAUAGGAACUGAAAAAGAAAAAACUUUGCUUCUUCCAGAUAAUGAUUUUUAUGUUGGUCUUGGUCAAACAUGCAUAGAAGUUGGUUGUAGUGUAGAUCUCUUUCUUUUCCCCAGUUCAUUUGUCGAUAUUGCUUCUUUAGCUGAAGUGCCCAGAUUAACAUCCGGUCGUUUAUUCAAGUAUAACUGUUUCCAAGCUGACCUUCAAGGUUAUCAGUUUUUAGCCGAUCUUCAACGUACUCUAACAAACUUACAAGCUUUCAAUGCUGUUAUGCGCGUUCGUACAAGUACUGGUAUUAGACCUGUUGAAUUCUUUGGUAAUUGUUACCUACCUAAUACAACUGAUAUUGAGUUGGCUAGUGUUAGUGCAGAUAUGGCAAUCACAGCAGAAUUGCGUCAUGACGAUAAACUUCAAGAAGGUGAACUUGUAUUCAUCCAGGUUGCAUGUCUUUAUACUUCAUUAUCUGGACAACGAAGACUACGUAUUCAUAAUUUAUCAAUUCCAGUGACAACUAUGAUACCUGAUGUAUUUCGUCUUGUUGAAUUAGAUGCACAUAUGAAUUGGUUAAGUAAAUAUUCAAUGCGUUCUUUACUCAAUCGUACACAUUCACAAGUAAUCGAUGAUUUAACAACAAGAGCUGCAAAUACUUUAGCUGCUUAUCGUCGUCAUUGUGCUUCUGGACCGAAUGAUGUGAAUUCCAAUCCUGGUGAAUUAGUAUUACCACAAAAUAUGAAACUAUUUCCAUUGUAUAUACAAUGUCUAAUGAAAACGGAAGCUUUUAGUUCUGCUGACGGUAUCACAAUUGACGAUCGUUGUUGGCAAAUGUUUUUGGUCAAUCAAAUGGAUGUGAAACAAUCCAACUGUUAUCUUUAUCCUCAUUUAUAUCCGAUUCAUGAUAUUUCACUGAAUUUCGAAGGUGACAUACAUUAUCCUCCUGCUGCUAUACGCUGUUCAUAUGAUCGUUUACAAAUGGAUGCAGCUUAUUUAUUGGAUAAUGGAAUUUAUCUUAUCAUGUGGAUUGGUCCAAAUAUUUCCACAGAAUGGAUUCAAUCGGUGUUCAAUGUUCAAAAUCCUAAGCAUUUUGAAUCAGAUAAAAUCUAUGACUUGUGUAAUUUCGAUAAUGAAACUUCACGUAAUCUGUGUACAUUGUUGAGAAAAAUUCGUAAAUAUCAUUGGCAUUACUCUCGGUUACUGGUUGUACGUCCUGGUGAUAAAAAUGAACUAUGGUUUCGACGUUUCAUGGUUGAGGAUCGAUGCAGUAGUAAUUCAAUUUCAUACACAGAAUAUCUAUGUCAUAUUCAUAAAGAAGUAUCCAGUUUACUACAUUGA